AUGAAGACUACUAUCAUCAGCACUGUUCUCCUGGUCGCUGCCAGCACCGCCCUUGCAGCCCCCAGCAACCUCAAGCGUGCCCUCCAGCCUCUGCAAAUCAAGAACUUGGCCGGAAAUCUCUACACUGAGACCCCUCCUACAAGCAACAACAUCGUUUUUGCCCUGAAUGAUCCCAACACUAACGUUGACACUGACUGUGAUGCUGUCUGGUCUAUUGGUCAAGCCGGAAGCCUGAUGUUCAACUGCUCCAACCCUGCCUACCAGGUCAACUUCCCGAACGGAAUCUAUAACAUCGAGGACUUUGUGCUGCGGGUUUCUCGUGCUGAUGGUACGGAGGCGGGACAAAAUACUGUCUCUGGUGCUGAUUGGGAGUGCACGACUAGUGAUGGGUAUCCUGAGGAGACGUGCGAAUGGGUUGGUGUUUUUAAUAUCGAUGUGACUGCUUCUUCUUAA